AUGGGUCCUGGACCGUCCUUCUGGCUGCAGCUGGGCCGUCGGUUCACCGUCGACGAGGUUGGGAAGGCCAUGAUAUCUGGUUCCCACGACGACGUCGCUUCAACUGGGUACUUAGCAAUCGGUACUCGUCUUCCUAAUCCCAACAGUAUCUGCUUUCUCUUCACCGAAGCGAUGGAGCUGGGGCUGGGGGCCCUGUAA